AUGGUAAUUAAUGUUGAGCCAAUCAAGAAUGAGUCCCAGGAGUCCGAAUUUGAGAAAAAUGCAACAGAUGAAAGCUCCAAAUCCACCCAUCUGCCUUAUUACCUGCGCAACUUCCUAACGGUACUACAGGCAGUUCUUGAGAAUGAAGACGAUAGAAUAUUGUUCAACGAUGAAGAUAUGUCACUCAUACAUGCGUUUGAGAAACUUUCAGACAUGGGACAAAAACUGUACGUCAGACUCUUUCAAAGGAAGUUAAAAUGGCUCCAAGUCGCUAAACUAGACUAUGAAGAGAUAAGCUGUGAUUUGGCACCAGUGGCCCGAGAAUUGGUUCAACAGAGAUUUCUUCAGUCAGAGAAUGAUCUGGACGACCUUGGGGAGGCUCUUGAUUUGCUGCCUGCUCCUGAAUUGAAAUCUCUGGCUAAAACUUUCCACCUUGGUAAUUCUGGAACUCAGAAACAGCAACUCUUGGAAGGCCUUCUCCGCCUGAGCAAGCAAAAGUCCCUCUUCACUAUGGCUCCUGGUCAAAACAAUAUUGGUGCAGUCAUGCUCAAAAGGGCAAAACAUCUAGCUGGUUCCUGUAUUCGCUUAAAUCGUGGUCCAAGAGCGGUCUUCUCCCGAGUUCUCCUCCUCUUCUCAUUGACCGACUCUUUGGAUGAAGAGGAGAUGGCGGCGAGUGGACAGAGCCAACUCUACACUAUCCUUCUGGUCAAAUCUGGACGUCUGGCCUUCCCCGAUUACACAGUGGAGCGCAAAGCUAAAGUCUUUCUGGACCGAGAUGACUUAAUAAGAUAUGAAGCCUCUAUGCGAGCCCUGCAAGAGGUCACCACGGCGAUGCAGAACGGCCAAUGGGAGGAGGCCUUUGAGCUGUAUACAAGUGCUAAAGCUGUUUGGCAAGAGCUGAGGGAGAACCAUGACUUCUGUUACCAGGAGGAGCUGCCGGUGUUUCUGCGCAGCUUCAGCACCGGAUGGGCCUACACCCGUCUCCUGUCCAGAGGCGUGGAGAUCUUACAAAGGCUGCGACGUUAUGAGGAUGCUGUUGUAGAACUCCAGUCCUUAUUGUCCCAGGAUGUUUAUUGUCAGGACAGCAGGGGGCGAUGGUGGGACCGACUCGCACUGAACCUGCACCAACACCUUAAAAAGCCUCAACAGGCCAUAUGUGCCAUGAGAGAUGGAUUGGCCGACCCUUUGGUGCGGACGGGGCAUAAACUAUCCCUUCACCAGAGAGCAGUCCGAAUGAGGGACUCGGCAAGCUGCAAAAAAUACAGCUCAAAACUGCGAGACCUUCCCACAAUCCUGGUCCAGGACGUGAAACAUGUGACCAUACAGGGGCAGCUGUUCCCUCACGAAGGGGGCACGGGGAAAUCCAGGUUUCUCAUCCCAAUGAAAGGAAACUCUGACGAAAGCUCUGAUGCGACAGUGAUAUGCUCCGUGGAGGAUCUGUCUUUGGCACAUUAUCAAAAGCAGGGAUUCAACGAAGGAAUCCACGGCGAAGGCUCCACAUUUUCGACUCUCUUUGCGCUUCUGCUGUGGGAUAUUAUUUUUAUGCCGGGGAUUCCAGAUGUUUUUAGAAAUCCAUAUCAGACUUGUCCCUUGGAUCUUUAUACUGAUUGUUUCUAUGAAAACCGAAAAGAGGCCAUAGAUUCUCGAGUGGAUUUGGUUUCCAGCGCCUCUGUUGAGCUUCUCCACAGCAUGUUGGAGGAAGUCUGGACCACACAAGAGGGGAAAGUCUGUUCCCUGGUCAGCUGGGAGAGGUUCUCUUCCCUUCAGCAGACUCAGUCUCUUGUGUCCUGUCUCUGUGGGCCUUUCUUAGCUGGCGUUAUACUGAGGAUGGCAAAAGACUACAGACACUGUCGAGGAGGUUUACCAGAUCUAGUGGUUUGGAACACGUCGAAUAACACUUACAAGUUGGUAGAGGUGAAAGGCCCAAGCGAUCGACUGUCUCAGAAGCAGCAGAUCUGGCUGGAUGAACUGCAGAAACUGGGUGCUGAUGUGGAGGUGUGUCAUGUGACUGCCACUGGAGCUAAAGGAUCACAUAGGGGUGUUGCUGUGUCUGCACAACAUAGAUCUAUGGACCUGAGAGUGGUCGGGUCAUACAGGCCGUCUGGGGCUGGCCAGAGCCUGCUGCUACAUCAGAGGAUGCUUCUGUGUUCGUGUCUGCACACAUGGAUCUGUGGAGCAGUGUGGUCAGAGUGUGGUCAGGGCCUGCUCAUGGGGGAAGGGAUCCCUGUAUCCAUGCGUCUGACGUCAGCGCGCAGCAGAGGAGGCGAUGAGAGGAAGCUGCAUAAACACACAGGGCAUAUGGUCCUUCUUAAACUUUUCCUCUUCGUUUACCUAGUUAAAUAUACCGAAGGACAUUAUAGAAACCCUCUGAACACGUUCAUCCUGCACUAUGAAGGCCUUUCCUACGACACAGACCUGGUGCACCACCAUCACCAGAGAGCCAAGAGGGCGCUGUCCCACGAAGACAAGUUCCUCCAUUUAGACUUCCAUGCCCAUGGAAGGCAUUUUAACCUGCGCAUGAAGAGGGAUGCUUCUUUAUUUGCCCAAGAUUUGAAGGUAGAAGUUUCAGGAGAAGAGAUUCCUUAUGACACCUCUCACAUCUACACUGGGGAAAUCUAUGGUGAGAAGAACACCCUAACCCAUGGCUCUAUUGUGGACGGCAAGUUCGAGGGCUUCAUUCAGAGCUACAUGGGCACCUACUACGUGGAGCCUGCAGACCGGUACCUCAAGGGCAAAAACGUGCCUUUCCACUCCGUCAUGUACCACGAGGACGACAUACACUAUCCGCAUAAGUACGGCCCCGAGGGCGGCUGUGCCAACAGCUCUGUGUUCGAGCGCAUGAGGAAGUAUCAGAGCUCCGCUGUCCCAGAGCCAAUCAAGGACGUCCACACUGACGAGGACUCUGAUGGGCCGGUGCUGCUGCGGAGGAGGAGGAUGGCUCAGGCGGAGAAGAACACAUGUCAGCUCUUCAUCCAGACCGACCAUCUCUUCUUCAAGUUCUACAAAACCAGGGAGGCCGUGAUCGCACAGAUCUCCAGUCAUGUGAAGGCCAUAGACGCCAUUUAUCAGGGUACCGACUUCAUGGGGAUUCGAAACAUCAGCUUCAUGGUGAAAAGGAUCCGGAUCAACACCACCAGUGAUGAGAGGGACCGGUCCAACCCAUUCCGCUUCGCAAACAUCGGAGUGGAGAAGUUCCUGGAGCUGAACUCGGAGCAGAACCACGACGACUACUGUUUAGCCUACGUUUUCACCGACAGAGACUUUGAUGACGGCGUGCUGGGACUGGCCUGGGUCGGGGCACCUUCAGGGAGCUCUGGUGGCAUUUGCGAGAAGAGCAAGCUAUAUUCAGACGGCAAGAAGAAGUCUCUCAACACUGGAAUAAUCACUGUACAGAAUUACGCCUCCCACGUACCACCCAAAGUCUCCCAUAUCACCUUUGCACAUGAAGUGGGACAUAACUUUGGCUCCCCGCACGACUCCGGGGCCGAGUGCACCCCAGGGGAAUCCAAGAGCCAGGACAAGAAAGAAAAGGGCAAUUACAUCAUGUACGCACGCGCCACGUCCGGAGACAAACUCAACAACAACAAGUUCUCCAUUUGCAGCGUGCGCAACAUCAGCCAGGUCCUGGAGAAGAAGAGGGGCAACUGCUUUGUCGAGUCUGGGCAGCCCAUCUGUGGGAACGGGCUGGUGGAGAAUGGAGAGGAGUGUGACUGUGGCUACAGCGACCAGUGCAGAGACCAGUGCUGCUAUGACGCCAACCAGCCCGAUAACAAGAAGUGCAAACUCAAGCCCGGCAAAGUCUGCAGUCCCAGCCAAGGUCCGUGCUGUAUGCCCGAGUGCUCGUACAAGGGCAAAAACGAGAAGUGUCGAGAGGAGUCGGAGUGCGCUCACCAGGGCAUGUGCAACGGUGGGAGCGCCCAGUGCCCCACGUCAGAGCCCAAAGCCAACUUCACCGCCUGCCACGGAGAGACACAAGUCUGCCUCAAUGGGGGCUGCUCUGGCUCCAUCUGUGAGAAGUACGGGCUGGAGGCGUGCACCUGUGCCAGCCAAGACGGGAAGGACGAGACCGAGCUGUGCCACGUGUGCUGCAUGGAGAAGAUGAACCCCAACACCUGCAGCAGCACGGGCUCCGAGAGACUGGCUCGAUUCUUCAACAAGAAGGUGACCACGCUGCCGGCCGGCUCGCCCUGCAACGACUUCAAAGGCUACUGCGACGUGUUCAUGAAGUGCCGCCUGGUGGACGCAGACGGACCCCUGGCCAGACUCAAGAAGGCCAUCUUCAACCCGGAGCUCUACGAGAACAUCGCAGAGUGGAUUGUGGCUCACUGGUGGGCUGUGCUGCUGAUGGGCAUCGCUCUGAUCAUGUUGAUGGCUGGAUUCAUCAAGAUUUGCAGCGUCCACACACCGAGCAGCAAUCCAAAACUGCCUCCACCAAAACCACUUCCAGGCACUUUGAAGCGGCGGCGAGCUCAGCAGCAGGUGCAGCAGCAGUCGCGGGACGCCCACUCGGGCCAUGCCGGGGGGCACGGGGGCGGGCGGGGGCAGCAGCAGCAGCAGAGGCAGCCUUCGCGACCGUCCCAACAGCAGCAGCAGCAGCAGCGCCACCAUCGCCAGCCCAGAGAGAACUAUCAGAUGGGCCAGAUGAGACGCUAA